AUGGAGCUCGCAGCCAGUCUCAAGAAGCUGGAGUCAGUCAAGGUUCUCAUCGACGCAGGCGUCUCACCAAACGUCCGCAAGGAUGGCUCCUACACUCCUCUCGCGUCUGCUAUCCGCGACAACAGCGCCGACAUCGUAACAUACCUGCUUGAGCACGGCGCCGACCCCAACUUCAAAGCCGUCGAGUUUCCAACCUUCAAAUGCAUCACCCACAAACGCACACACUUCCUCCCGCAGCUAGUAGCUGCAGGUGCAGACCUGCACACACCCAAGGGCAUUAUCGAGACCGCCGUCUUCCACAAGGACAAAGACGCUCUUCUCUACUUGCUCGACCAAGGCGUCAACCCCAACGACCGCUGCCCCGAAGGCGGCAAAACAGCCCUCACAACCGCAAUCCGCGAAAACAGCCUGGAGUUUGUCGAUCUCCUGCUGAAUCACGGCGCCAACCCGGCUGUCCGCGGCCAAGACUGGCCCUUGUGCAUGGCAGUCAGAAACCCCAUCGUGUUGAAACGCCUUCUCGCUGUCCCGGGCAUCAACCCUCGCGCCUUCCGCGGCUGCGUAGAGAUGGCUGUGCACGCAGGCCAGCUCGAGUCCGUCAAGUUGCUGCUAGGCGCAGGCGUGAGCGUCGAGGAUAAGAACUGCGGCGUGUUUUCUCCACUCACAACUGCGAUCCGCGAGGGGCAUAAGAGUAUCGUGCGAUACUUGCUGGACGAGGCGAGCGCGGAUCCGAAUGCACCUGGCGAGCAUCUGCCGCUUGUGAAAGCGCUGAGAAGCUAUGACGGACAUGACACAGAAGUCAUACAGAUGCUGUUGAGCAGGGGCGCGGAUAUCAAUCAUAUGCACCGCGGGUGGAAUCCCGUUCUUCAAGCGGUGGAGAACAGUGAUACUGAGAUACUGCGGCUUCUUGUUAGUCUCGGUGGACCGGUGGAUUUGCAGGCUGUGGAUGAGACGGGCCGACCGGUCAUUGAUAUCGUUGGAGAUCGGGAUUGGGAGGAGGGUCUUGCGUUGCUGUUUCCCAAGUCCUCGAGCCCGAGAGGUAGAUCGUGA